ACAAUACCCUAUGAAAAGGAACAACUAGUCGCAUCGUUAUUAGCUUCUGACCCAAAAUGUUAUCCGAGACGCCUCGGUUAACUGUCACACCCAUAUGAGACAAGGGCUUCUUCAUCAACAGAUGGUUUUAAUGAUAUAUGAUUAGAAAGGUGGGCAUGGAAGAAUCGAUGGAUACUUCAAGGUUGGGCACGUCAGAAGCUCAUCUCGAACAGUUCGCCAAGGCCAAGAGACAGCAACGAUUAAUCUAUGAUGAUACCGGUCAUCUCAUUACGAGAAUAAAAGCCGAGCUGGAAGAAUUGAAACCCGAACAUGACGUAGACAUAGACCCAUCAUCGUUGUUAGAGAAGAUGAAACUUCUUGAGGGGAGAAUCGAGAGCCUCACGAGUGACUUGCUUAGAAAAAAAAUGAAAGUAGCGUUCUUUGGAGGAACCAGUAGCGGGAAGACAACUACCCUGAAUGCUAUGAUUGGCCGAGAACUUCUCCCAUCGGGAAUGGGCGAUACGACAAGCUGCUUCAUUCAGAUCGAAAAGAUGGGCAUUGUUUCUGAGAGUAAAGACGCCUCAUGUCCUGAAGAACAAAAUCAUUUCGUCAGCAACUGCAGCACAAACUCAAUGGACAAUGAAAAUGACGACAUCCCACGAACGCCUUCCUAUUUUGUUGUUAGAGAAGUCGAGAGUAGGGAGAAAGAGGCGUCUCUCCAUUCGUUCCUAGAAGACAAACAGCCUCUCGAUUCAGAGGCCUUGGAAGAUCUGUGUGACGCCAAGUCGAUUCGCUCUUUGGAUGCGACCUACCUCAUAGAAAUACACUUGUCAGAUGACGAAGUGACAAACGACCAUCUUCUGAAUUAUGACCUUCAGAUCAUGGAUUGCCCAGGUAUCACGAAAUGUCGAGAGCUCGGUGACAGGGUGAAAACCUUCUGUGCAGACUCAGAUGUCCAUGUCUUUAUUGUGAAUCCCAAGACUGUCAUGUCACCGGAAGAACGGGAUCAUUUUGUUGAAGUAGGCAAGCGUCUUCCUAAGCCUGACAUCAUUGUAGGUUACACUCAGUGGGACUUAGCAGCGAGAGAAAGACGCCCUGAAGAGGUAAAAGCUCGACACGUCGACUCAGUGUUUGAGAUGCUGAAAAAACUCGAUGUCGUAAGUACGAGAGAAGAAGCACAGGAAAGAUGCUUCUUUUAUUCUGGUAGAGAAGCUUUGGAUUUGGCUAUUGGCGAGAAAGGGUAUUUUGUCAAAGAUUGGGAAAAGCGAAGAGAAGAUUUUAGGAGGUUCAUUUCGAAAAUAGAGGAGAGAGCCACCUCUUCUGGUAUGACUACCAAAUUGAAAGUCAAUCGAGACACAUGCCAAGAGGUCUUACUGCAGUGCUUCAAAAGCCUUGAAGAAGUUAUUGCAGAGGUCCAGAAACAGAUGUCAGAUGGCAAAGAAAACAUGGACAAUAUGACGAAGAGUCUGGAAUUAUUUCAGAUAAAACGAGCCGAGUUUGUAAAGGAAAGCGAGGAAAAGAAAAGGAAAGCUUUGAAUGUGAUCUCUGAAUCGGUAUUGCACUGUAUGAAUGAAGUGAGUAAGAAAAUGACCCAGACCUUGAAAAGGAGCUCCGUGAUCAACAGAUUUGAGGAAGAUCAGGUUCAUAGAUACGCCGAGAACGCCCUCAUGGAUUGGUAUCGCAAGAUGUUGGCUGAGUUUCAGCGCGCUACGGAAAAGGUCUGUGAUGACUACUCCUUUGGUAUCCUUGAAUCGUAUGAAAACCACAUGAAAGACUUCCCUCAUCAAGCACCGAGGGCAUUUCAAAUCCGUAUGAAACAGAUUGAAGAAGAAGCCGAGGUUCCAGAGGCUGCGAUCCAGAGGGUCCUUACAGGAAUCACCGAGAGAGCUGUAUGGUCAUCGUUUGCUUCAAGACGCAGACGGAUCAGCGCAGUCGAAACCGAUGAAGAACGUAAUAUUUUACUGCGCAGAAUCGCGGCGGCAGCAGGAGUGUUUUUCACUCAGGUUCGACAGUGGAUCAGAGCCUCUAUUGAAAGUCAAUUGGAGAAUCUUACGUCAUCACAACAAAAUUCUCUCAUUUGUCUCGAAGACGUGAAGAACCGAUGCUACGAGGCUGUGGAAGCAUUUUGCAACAGUGCCGAUGUGUAUUACACUGAGUGUUGUACACGUGAUGUGGAGCAAGGGUUGAAAGUCCAGCUCGCAACGCAAGAAAGGAAAAAUGAACAGAUGAAACUUCUUUCAAAACACAUGACGAAUCUCAAGGAAGAGGCAGGUCAUAUCCGUGGCAGAUACAACAUGGACGACAAAGAACCAAUCGACAGUGAUGGUAUUCGAGAAGACUCCAGAUGAGGAAUGAGUUAAUAACCGACUGAAGUAGGAUGGAAAAUAGGAGAAAGUAGUCGGAAGGAAGAAUGAAUAGGCCUCAUUAAUACUUAAGUCAAUAU